AUGGAUCACUCGCAUCAUCACGUCCACAAAGGAACCAUCGGUGAGAACGUUCCCCCAUGUUUUGGCACGUUUGGAGUUUUCCACUUCACAGAUUAUCCGUUCGACGAAAAAACGAAAAAAAUUGUGUUGACAGGUAACACUGCGGUGGCGAACGCUCAACCGCAACAUGAUCACAUGAUGGUGCACCACGCGAUGUCGUUCCACUUCGGCACCGAGGAGACUAUUCUGUUCAACUUCUGGAAGACUGAAACUGCAGUUGGUAUGCGAUCAUUUCCUCUGAACACGACUGGAACCUAUCAUUUCAGGAAUCGCCGCCUCAUGCUUCAUCACUGUCCUUCUAGCCUUCCUCAUGGAGACAAUUCGUUUCUUCCGUGACUAUCGUAAAGCUCAAAGCGAGGUCCAUCGGGCGCCAAUUGCUCAAGAGAACCGUCUCAAGUAUCCGUUCUUUUUGUGAAUCCAUCUGAACUUUACUUUUCCAGAUUGUCCCCUCAACUGGACAUCAUCGACCCUCUCCUCCAACUCUUCCAGCUCACUAUCGCCUACUUCCUCAUGCUCAUUUUCAUGACUUUCAAUGUCUAUCUCUGCUUUUUCACUGUCAUCGGCGAAAUCUUCUCGCACCUUCUCUACCGUACUCUUUUCCCCAAUCUGAACUCCUCCUCUGCCGGUCACUGCUAA